GGGAGGUGGGGAGUGUGGCAGCAGGCUAGCCAGGUUUACUGAUCUCCCUACAAAGGAGCAGGGGAGAGUUCACUCAGUCCUCGCGAGAGGCGGCUGGUACUUUCGUUCUAAAGUUCUCGUUUCCUCGGGGAACAGAAUUGCUAGACGCAAUAGUUAUAAUUAUUCAAUAUGUUUCCACUGACUAAGGAAAACAAGCACGUGGCCCAGUUGUUGCUCAGUACUGGUACCUGUCCAAGAUGUAUCUUCAGAUUCUGUGGUGUGGAUUUUCAUGCAUCUUACAAACUUCCCUACAAGGAAUUGCUCAAUGAGCUACAGAAAUUUCUGGAAACUGAAAAAGAUGAAUUAAUUUUGGAAGUUCCAAACCCACCUCUCAAGAAAAUUCGACUACAAGAUCUAGAAGAUGGGAUUGAUGGGAAUGAUAAUCUGAGUCAAAAUGGUGAGGGAAGGGUCUCCAUUAUUGAAGAUGGAAGCAUUGCUUCCAAGAACUCAAAUUUGAAUGUAUGCAAUGUUUGCCUAGGGAUUCUUCAAGAAUUCUGUGAAAAAGAGUUCAUUAAAAAGGUAUGCCAAAAGGUUGAGGCCUCUGGGUUUGAAUUUACCAACUUGGUAUUUUCAGUCUCCUUCCCACCACAGCUAUCUGUAAGAGAGCACGCUGCAUGGUUGCUGGUAAAACAGGAAAUGGGAAAGCAGAGUCUGUCGCUGGGAAGAAAUGAUAUAGUUCAGCUAAAAGAAGCCUACAAAUGGAUAACUCACCCCCUGUUUUCAGAGGAACUGGGUGUUCCCAUUGAUGGAAAGAGCUUGUUUGAAGUGAGUGUGGUCUUUGCUCACCCAGAAACAGUUGAGGAUUGCCACUUCCUACGUGCGAUAUGCCCAGAUUGUUUCAAACCAGCCAAAAACAAACAGUCAGUAUUCACUAGAAUGGCAGUUAUGAAAGCUUUGAAUAAGAUAAAAGAAGAGGAUUUCCGCAAGCAGUUUCCUUGUCCUCCAAACUCACCAAAGGCUGUAUGCACUGUUCUUGAAAUUGAGUGUGCUCAUGGUGCUGUUUUUGUGGCUGGGAGAUAUAAUAAAUACUCCAGGAAUCUCCCACAAACUCCUUGGAUAAUUGAUGGAGAAAGGAAGCUGGAAUCUUCAGUGGAAGAAUUAAUUUCAGAUCAUCUUUUAACAGUAUUCAAAGCAGAGAGUUUUAAUUUUUCAUCCUCUGGAAGAGAAGAUGUAGAUGUGAGAACAUUAGGAAAUGGAAGGCCCUUUGCAAUUGAGCUGGUGAAUCCUCAUAGAGUACAUUUCACUUCACAAGAAAUUAAGGAACUUCAGCAGAAAAUUAAUAACUCAUCUAACAAAAUCCAAGUCCGUGACUUGCAGCUUGUCACAAGAGAGGCAAUAGGACACAUGAAAGAAGGUGAAGAAGAAAAGACCAAGACCUAUAGUGCCUUAAUAUGGACAAAUGAAGCAAUACAGAAGAAAGACAUUGAAUUCCUAAAUGACAUAAAGGACUUAAAGAUUGACCAGAAAACACCUCUACGAGUCCUUCACCGGAGACCCCUGGCUGUGAGAACUCGCAUCAUUCACUCCAUGGAGACGAGCUAUGUGGAUGAGCAUCAUUUCCGCCUCUAUCUGAAGACUCAAGCUGGAACCUACAUUAAAGAGUUUGUACAUGGAGACUUUGGGAGAACCAAGCCAAACAUUGGCUCUCUGAUGAAUGUGACUGCAGACAUUCUUGAGCUGGAUGUUGAGUCUGUAGAUGUUGACUGGCCCCCUGCUCUGGAUGACUAGCUUUCAAAUUUGGAAACAAAGAGUAGAGUUUUCCUGGCAUGAUGUGGACACCCAUUCAGCAAACACUGUAAAAUGGCUGUUUACUCACCAUAACGGUGUCGAAGAAACCAUUUGGAUCAUGUUGAUCUAUAUAUUUUUUAAUCUGUUGUAACAUCUCAAGAUCUAUAUAUGUGUUAAAUUGUUCUAAGGAUGUCUUAUGAUUUUUCUCAUUCCCUCCCCGACCCCCACAAGCCAAACUAUGAAUAAUGAAACCGUUCUCUUAAUUCUUUCAUUUAGAGAGGUACACAAACAGAAUACAUUCUUUGAUAAUCUGAGCUGUAAUUUCUUUCAGCAAAAUUUCCUUUCAUAAGAGACAUACCGCCUUUAAAAUUAUGUUCUGAAUUUUUAAAAGGAUGUUGAUACAAGUUAUAUCUAAAUUUAUGCAGCAUAGUAUCCUAUAAAAUUCUAAGAUAUCAAAUGCAAAUCUGACAUCAUUAGUAUUUUUCCCAGUAGGCUUCAAGCAAGCUAUUUCCAACAGAAGUACUUUUGGUGUGAUUUGUCACAAAUCUUAACGACUUCAAGUUACUAUUUUGACAAUCUAAAAUUGUUAAUACAUUUCCUGGGAGGGAAAGUGAAACCUUAGGAAUUGAGGUAAGAGACUUUCAUAAAUCUUUUAAAUAAGAGGACACAAGUGCCUUUAAUAACUUGAUUCCCAGGGAUAAGAUUUUGAAAAGUUGAGAUUGCUAAACAAAG